UAGCUAGGCAGGGCUUAGUUGACUGACGUACCCUGUCAGCCACAGCCACACUCUUCGCCGUCAUUCUUAUCCGUACCAGGCGCCGCCACCCCCGUCUCUUUUGUCAAUGCUGAGCUCGGAGAAUUGACAGACGUUGUCGCAUCCCCUGAGAUAAUGUUAUUCAACCUUGGUCUGACAGCGGAUGCGGCAGCAGCUCACGAAAACGAAUACCUCGGUUCUCCUUCCGAAGCCCAGCUGCCUGGUCCCACGCGCCAUUCGUCCCCGGCCAUUUCAUUCGCCUCCCUCCCAUCUUGGGGCCUGGGAAACAUCUACAGCCGGCACAAAACCCCGGAACCCGACAUGACGCAGCGUACAAUGCCGCGGAAGGUGACAAUAGAUACAUUAUCUUCGAGCGAUGACGAGCGCUCAACCAUCGCGCCAGUUCUAGCUCCAUCAAGGAUCGCCCGUUCGCAAUCGCAAUCGGUUCGGAAACAAUCGUCGCGGCCUAAAACGUCAUACCAACUAGCGCAUCCCGCGGGUCACGCACGCCAUAGGCGACUAAAGCUUCGACCGAAGCUUCUCUUGCAGCUCCAACGUGUCUCGCAAACCCCACGACCCCUCCCCAUUUUGGAUGUGUUGCCCUCGACCGUCUUCCUGCCUCCUCUAGCUCGCAAAUUCCCGACGAUAUUCCGCGGCAAGAAGGGAUUAGGCCCAAACGACCUCAUUGUUGUGACAAGCGAUCUCUAUGAGCGGGCGCACGGGGAUGUUGGGGAUAGACAUCUGAGCUCCGAUGAUGAAAGUGGGGAGCAGCGUGAGGUGGUCGCUACGAUAUGCCAGCUCUUCAGGGACGAUGCUCUUUCGAAAGGGAAAGCGGAGAUCUGCCUAAACCAUGGACCCGUAUGGGAGGCCACGCCCCUUGCAAAUGGCUCUUAUGAAUUUGUGGCCAAUACCGACCAUGGUGUCCGAGUCCUACGGUGGGUUCUGAGAGGAGGAGGAAAGAAUCGUCGUGUGUCUGCACCCCCAGGUUUCGCAUCGCAGGAGGACGGCAAGCGUUUCACGUUCAGUGUGAUCAAUCCCAACACUCGUCGUCACCCGGUUGUUGGCACAAUGACUCGCAAUUACCUCGAGGUAUACGAUGAGUUCUCGAUGCCGACGGCUUCAGGCAUUGCUAGCUCACCGACCUCCGCCAUGUCCGUGAUGAGCGAUCUGUCAGAGAUGGAUGAUUCCUUGGAUCGGAAAGUCAUGACAACUGACAAUGAACUUCGCAUGUUGAUCAUUGUUACUAGCAUAUGGGUAGCAUUUAGAGAGGGCUGGUCACACAAUUUCACCUAUGAUGACUCGGCCUUGGCGCUUAACUCUAAGACGAUGUGUCCGUCGAGACACAGCUCGCCAACUGCCGUGAGAGUGGAUAGUGAUAAACUCUUUGAACAGGAGAACGGUCAAGAUGAUGGACCUGCCCCGAAUGGUUCGAGACCUCGCCUCUCGACUUCGACAUAUGUACCUUCGCAAACCACGACUUCCGACCGGUCCGCAUUUGGCAGCUUAUCAAGGCGCUCCAAUUCGACUGGAGCAGCAUUUAUUGAGCGGACCAACCGUCGUGCUUCUGGUAGCAAUGGUCGACUCAAUCGACACAGUACACUUUCCAGUCCUCGCGAGCAGAGACAGGAUGAGGCCGCAGAAGCCGCCCCUGCUCGGCAGGACUCAAAGAGCCGCCGGUUAUGGUCCCAUAGGAAAUCCGACAUUCAAGACCCCAAAAAAGCCACUACUCCCGACCAGAAACCAGAUCGGUCCCAGGCUUUCGAAAGCCAUCAGUCCCGUCCAGUAGAGACGUCUCGCGACCUUGGCGCGAAGCCAUCGGCUGGGGAUUCGGCUCCUACAAAAGGAAAGCGUCGCCAUCGGAUUAGCAGCCUAUUUGACUUCAUCAUCCGAAAGACCGGACAUCAUCAUUGAGUGAAGCCUGGAGCUUACGUCAUAUUCCCAACUCAAAAAACUGGCGCUUUCAUCUGCUCUCAUACUUCCUUCGAUUCGUAUCUCCCUCUUG